GAGUAUUUAAGCGUGCGUUUACUGGCAAACAUUUGUGUUUACAUUUUUUAUAAAACGUCGGUCGAGCUGCUGGCGUCACAGUAACGAAAAUCGUGAUCACCGGAGAACGUUCUGGCAUUUAGUAUUUGUGAUUCAUCGUAUCGAGACGCUCGCAAUUCGCCAUGUACAAGUUAUGCUGUAUCGGAUUGUCAUUAGCCGCGAGGAUCAUCGGCACAUACACCAUGUCGCUCUCGAUACUCAUGAUAAACGUGCUAAUGAGCAACUAUUUCUCAAGAGAAACGGACGACAAAUUCUUCGAUUCUAUUGAAAAUUGGGCAUUGAUCGGUUUGAACUGGAUGCAGGUCUUAAGAACCUCGCAGAUAGAAAGGAAAGCGGAAACGGGGAUGGUGUUUCUCCUGUUGUACGCAAUUUCGUUCUUAUUGGCCAGCGCGUACCUCGCCCUGGGAUCAAUUUCCAGAAGGUCCAAGUGUGCCGUGCCUUGGAUGUAUUUGCAAAUGAUUAGCAUAAUAGAUCAGUCUGUGGCGCUGUCUAUUCAUCUGACGCACGGGCCGCAAUACGAUGUUUACGAUAAUUCAAUAUGGUACAUUCCAGUGUCCAGCAUCUAUCUAUUGUUGUGCACGUACACUUGGAUGGUGGUGCAAGCCGCGCGCAAGGAAUGGGCCGACGUGGAACAGAAUUGCCACAAUCGCGACUUGAGGGAAGCUGCAUCCGCGACGCAAUCGAACGAAAAUGGACCAAAAACGCCGUCUUAUCUCUCGCAGAACUUUUCGAUGUUCGACUCGCCGAGAUCGCCCACGAUUCUGCCCAAGUAGCCAAGCGAAUGCUCGCACAUAUUCGAAGAUAAACUCGUGGACUCGAUUGUACUUCGUAUCGGUACCUACCUGUCAUCGCUCGGCGAGAAGAAGGCCAACAGCGCAACUAAUCAUCUGGAUAAACUUCGAAAGCGUCAUUUAGCUACCUUUAAUGUUAGCGUAUUUAUUUAUAGUUUCGACUGCUCCCUCCUUUUAUAAGCGUUAAUAAAUAUCGACCAAGCGAACAACACCGAUUCACGAUAACGCGUGACUCGCGUAGACGUUCUACUAUCCUCCAACGGUUUCCUUCGAGGAACUUUGUUCGUUUCUGGAAUGGAUACGGAUCUUAAAAUCGCGUAAUAACCGUUGAUCACUCCCGGGGAACGGAACGUGCGCGGAGCGCCGGCGAACUACCAGAACGCCAUGAAUCUCGGUUUCGUAACGGGGAGAAUGUACAUAUAAUAACGCGGGCAACUCGAUAAAUCAGCCAGGAGGGGGGAGUGCGACUAAUAGAGUGUAUCAAAUGCGUCCACGGGGAAGCGUGGCUGCAUAGAAAAUAUGAGAAAUGGCUCCGUUUCAACGUCGAAAUACUUUGAAACUUUCGGAAUUUGAAUCGCGGCGCAAGCAUAUUUCCUACGCGGGGAAUGGCCGCGGAUGGAGGUCGAUUUGUCCGAAAAUGGCCGGAACUUUUCGCGAAACUUCGGAGAAUAACGAUCGGGCGCACAAUAGUCGAUAGAAAAAACCACUCGUAGCAAUUUAUUUGGGGCGUUUCACCGCGUUGCUCCGCGAUCAUUUGCGUUCGAGGGAAAUGCCGCAACCGAGACCAACUUCACGAAGCGUCGCACCGCUUUCGAAAUGAUGUAUCUUACGCCGCGGCCAGACAUUCGGCGAUCGGCGACGUCGAGCGACGUGCAAUCUUGUUUUACAAUACGAUGAGAGACGAAGCUUUUAGAGAGGAGCGUACAUUUGCCAAAUAACGCGUUCAAAGUGCGUCCGUCGCACGGUACUCGCCAAAUGCCGAAUUGCAUGUUUUAUAUUUUGUUAAACGUGUACAAAGAAACGAGAUAUCCUCGAUCGAUUGUCCACGUAUCCGAACAGUUACACACGUCUGACUUUCCUAGGGUAACGCUGACGCGGGUCUUCGGAUUUGAUACAUCGUCGAUUGUUUACAACUAGAUUUUGCUUUUAACAUAGAUGUUACCACUCGCGAAAACUUUUGUAAGCUUCCCGUUCAACGAUACGGCUCCGAGCACGAAGGACGGAGAUAGGGAGAGGUACGCGACGUGGUUGGUUGGAGGUGCUUUUAAAAAGAACUGAGCGAGCCAAUUUGUAGGCUGUCGCAAACUUUUAAAACACUAGUUGACAGCCGUCCCCCGCCCCUGUCGCAACUCGUGCACCCGCCCGACGUUCACUCAACCAUCUUGAAGGACUCCAACCGCCAUCGAACGUCUCUCUUUUCCUGCGACUGGAGCACCAGUCUGCGACGACGACGAAACUCACCCCUCCGUGUCGUGGAAGCCGAUGGAUUGUAAAAUAAAACUAACUUGGCUUUCGUGUCUCGGGAACGGAGUACCGACGAAAUCUUAUUCCCUCGGGUAUCUUUUAUUUUCGCGUACCCCUUUUUUUUUCUCCUGAACCAUCCGCCAGGGUUGUAAUUACGAAAAAAAGCUCCGCGAAAGAUAGACGCAGAAGUGGGAGAGAGUCAUCUUCGUUUGGCGAAACGAGGAAGUUCUCGUCUUCUAUCUAAACUUGCCAAAAAUUAUACUCGCUGGUGCUUUUGUUACUUCUCUCGAUCGAGUACCUCUAUCGCGUAACUUUUAAGAAACCUCGUGUCUUCGAAUAAACGGAAACUCGUGAAGAAACUA